AUGCAAAAACCAUCAAUUCCAAAAGAUCACUCUCAAAAAGAACACAUUAUAUCAACAAAAUGUCGAUUUCUUCUUUGGAGUUGUGUUUUUACUCCAAUAUUAAUCAUUAUUGGUACUAUUACAGUAAUUAUAGUAAUUCGUUAUCAACCAUCAUUUUCAUCCAGUAAUAUAAAAUAUGAUAUAGAUAUUCCAUGUAAUCCAUUAAAAUUUUCAGAUAAGACGCGUUAUUCAACUGGAAAUGUACCAUGGCAGAUGAGCACUGGUUAUAUCGAUGCAGAUUCUUUCCUUGAUAUUGUUGUUGUUAAUAGAUAUGAUACAACUAUUAGCAUAUACUAUGGUUCAGAAAAUGGAACAUUCCAAAAUCAAAAAUUAUACUCUACGACUUUCGGCGUAGCUUAUGUUGCUGUUAGAGAUAUGAAUAAUGAUAAUAAAUCUGAUAUAAUUUUAACUUAUACUUCAUCAAAUCAAAUUGCCAUUUUAAUUAAUACAGGCAACCAAAAUUUUAAUUCACCAAUAACUUAUCCAGUUGGAAAUUAUCCAUAUUGGAUUGACACUGGCGAUUUUAAUAAAAAUAAUUUAUUAGAUGUUGUUGUUGUUAAUAAUUUUGGCGCUUCUGUUACUAUUUUAUAUGAUUAUUAUAAUUUAUCAUUCAAUUAUUCUAUAUUGUAUCCAGUUGGAAAUGAUGCUACAGCUGUAUCUGUUGCAGAUUUUAAUAAUGAUUCAUAUCCUGAUUUCGUUGUUACUGAUUUAAGUGAUAAUACAGUUAGUGUUGCUAUUAAUUCUAAAAAUGGAAUGUUUAAAAAUAGUAAAACAUAUUUCACAGGUAUUGAACCAUGGGGUAUAGCCACUGCUGAUUUAAAUAAUGAUAAUUUUAUGGAUAUUGUUAAUACUAAUGAUGGAUCAUAUACAUUAAGUGUUUUAUUUAAUGAUGGAUAUGGAAAUUUUAAUAGACGAGAUACAUAUUAUAUUGGUGCAACUUCAAGAUCGAUUUCAUUAGUUGAUUUAAAUAAUGAUACAUUCAUUGAUAUUAUUGCUGCAGAUUUUUAUAAUCAAUAUAUUUAUAUUUUUUUAAAUAAACAAAAUGGAAUAUUUCAAACAUAUCAAACAGUUACCACCGAUUAUUAUGUUUCUGCUGUUACAGCCGGAGAUUUUAAUCGAGAUGGAAAAAUAGAUAUUGCUCUUAUUUCUUUUUAUAAUCUUUUGAAUAUUUUUUUAAAUCAAUGUUAA